AUGGCCGAUGCGAAGAUCUUUCGCACUGCAAGCCUCCCUGAAAAAGCUCGAUUGAUUUUUAAUGCUCAGUUACAUCAACAGCUUAAAAAUAUCGCUAAAAAUCGCGAAAUAUCCGUUGUACCGGGAGCUCUUACAAUCUCUAGCAAUGGGAGUAUACGCCCCACGCAGCCUAUGGCUCUUAACGGUGGUGGUCGCUCGACGGAAUUAAAUGGAUGGAAUUUGGACAAGAAAAUGAUGGCUUUAGCCGAAAAUCUGGAUCUACUACGUCGCCCUUUCUUUCAUUACCUCGACUUUGGCACGGCCGCGGCAGCCGACGCAUCAAACGGGGGCACCAUCUCUGGAGUUUCGGGGGAUCGCAAACUCUCUUAUCACUCGUAUUUUAACAAAAUGCUUCCGCUGCACGUUGGCCAAACUGUGCUGCUCGAUUUGUGGGACUACUUAAUGGACAUGGUAGAUCACGUGCCCGUGCGUAAUCGCUGUCGAGCAUUGUAUUUGCAGGCAGCAGUGUAUAUUUGUCGCCGUGUGGAGUUCAUCGAGGGGUAUCCGCUAGACGGGCGGCAAGUACACCUGGAUUCCCUUGUGUCGAAGCGGUACAUCCGUCUGUUGGAACGUAGCGUUCAAUAUUGCUCAAUUAAAAUUCGCAAAUCACGACUCAUGGCCGAGGAACAUCGCUUUUUUGUGGCACAUAUUUAUACUGCAAAGGGACAGAUUCACCAAGCAAUGGAUAAACGACAGCGGGCAGCUCGCGUAGGCAUUGCGAGCAACUUGCGGAGCCCUCGACACUGUCAUCGACAUUGGAACGAUUUAUCUGGGUCUAAGUGUCGACCAGACCGCAUCAGUGGCGUCGACUUGCAGCUUGAAAUUUUUACGUCGUUUUCUCAUUACAAGUCAAACCGUAAUACAGAUAGAUUGGUGGUGCCCAUGAAGGGUAAGAGUAUACCCGGCAUACCACAGGAUAUGCUAAGGAAGGGUUCUGGCAACAGAUCUAUCGCUGCCUCACUCGAAGCAAUUUUUCAGGAGGGCAUGUACCGUUUUAGUGACGAACAAGAAGUGGCCUUUAUCUAUCAGCUUCCGCUUCUUUAUAUUGGUCACAAGCUACAGAACGACGCAUUCGUGACGCUGACUGUAACGACCCAAGACAAGAUCGAGGCCGGGUUGGACCUUUUUAUCGAGCGGGUAAGCUCGCCAGGCAGAGAUGAUCUCAUGGCAGUCACGUUUUUGGCCGCUGUGCUGAAUGAUGUAAGCAGUUGGUGUAGUCAUCGACACGCCGAUGGUCGAAUUUUGUGGCAUUGCGUGCCCGGGUAUUUUGCAUUUGUGCGCUUGUAUCUGGCAGUUUUUCAACGGAUGUGUCAACGGCGUGCACGGUCAAGUAGUGGAGCGUCGUCCUUGCCCACAGUGGGUCGUAUCCUUUCUAUUUUUGAAGGCAAGACGAGUGAUCCGUGGGAAGAUUAUUGGAACGAUCGGGAGAUAGCAGCCGUGCUGGAUGCGGGAACCGAGGUGCUUAAGAACGAAGCGUUAAUUAAUGUGUUAAUGCAGGUCAUCCUUGAAAGCACGAACCUUUACGACCCAGCAAGUGUGAAUUACUCAAUCGACAUAUUGCAGCGUGUGCUUGUCGUUGCCUCGAUAGCCGCAGUGCCGGCUGUAGCAGAAGCAAAAUUAGUUUCUGAAAAAUUUGGGGGACGCAUUCGCCACUGUUUAGGGAUGGCUUUUGAUGGCGAUUACUUUCUAAGUAGCAUGCGGAGCGCCUUGAAGUCGUCCCACGUACAAACACUACUGAAAAUUCUCACGUGUAUAUACAACUGCAUUGACUUAUUGCCAACUGCUGCUCGCAAACGGCUUGUUGCCGAACUAAUAUUGCGCGAAAAUUUCUUUCGCUUCUUUUUGCACUGGAACGAAGAGAUUCGGAAGAUCUUUUCAUACAUGAUCGUUUUCAAAACAUCGGCUUCCAAUCGACUAGAUCUACCCAGUGCUUCGGACCGAAUUCUACUUGCCCAGACUCCAUUCUUCGAGGGUGGCUUUCAAGCAAGGUCCAACGGAUCAAAUGUAUCCGCCGCGUCACCAGCACUGAGCUACCUGAGUCACCUGAGCGAGUUGGCACAAGUGCUGUUACGUCCGACUGCAGACAGUGAUAUAGACCCGGCAAAGAAGGCGGCUUUAGGCAAGAAGGCUCUUCGACGUCUAACGACUUGGGAUGCUAGUGCAAGACUAAAGCGCCCCCGCAGCAGCGGCGACGCAGUGUUUCGAGACAGUCUCGUGGAUGAGGAGCUAUCAGUUGAUCUAUCAAUCGCGAGCAAAUUGGACGCAAAUUUCAAAAUGAUUGCCGAGCAGCUCAAUCCCGCUAAUCAGGGGCAUGAAGAUCCCGCAACUGAAGACAAUGCAUUCGCAAAACACUAUUUUUCUCAGGAAUUGGAAGCGUACGCUGAGCGCGCACUUUCACAUCGCACCAUCCCUCGAGUUCACGAUUUCCGUGCCAUUCUAUUCCGACUAGAUCGACAAGUAUAUUACUGUUAA